UCACUUCCGGUUUCAACAUGGCAGAAUGGCUGUCAAGUUGCGCCGAGAAACAAUUUUCCACCCAUUGUAAACAUCUAAAGAAGAUGUAUUCAUCUGGACUAAUGUCAAAAACUUUUAUUAUAUUUCUUCUGCUGUCCGGAGUUGGUGUCGCUUACUUUGUGACUAAUAUACCCCGUCUGAUGACCAUCUUCGUUCUCAUUAAAAAGCAGCUGUCAACUUCUCAGACACAGCUGCGAUCACCUUCUAUCUCCUUCAUGCCACCGGAAACAUCGCUAGUUCUACGACCGAAAAACAAACUGACGAUUAGCCCAGAGGUCCAAAAGGAGGCUGUGGCAGCACUGACAGUGGCCCUGGAUCUUCAGUCUCAAGGGAAAACUGACAAAGCCAUAAAAGUCUUCCAACACGCUCUGGCUCUUGACCCAUUACAUGCUGACAUCCUAACAGCCUAUGGGGAAUUCGUGGAACAGCAUGAAAAUGACGUAGUCAAAGCUGACCAUCUGUACAGAAAAGCUCUCCAUGCUCAUCCAGAACAUGAAAAGGCACUGGACAACCGACGCAGAACACAACCAGUUGUAGAAGAAAUUGACCAAAGAACUUUCAACAGAAUCGAUCAGAAACGGGAUAAACUGUAUCGUGUGCCUCCAAAUCAUCCCGGGUUACGACGAGCUAAAAAAGAGUCCUAUUUCUAUCAUAUAUAUCAUUCUAAUGCUAUAGAAGGAAAUACUCUCACAUUAGCACAGACUAGGUCAAUUGUAGAGACCCGUAUAGCUGUGGGAGGGAAGAGUUUGGCAGAGCAGAACGAGGUCUUGGGUCUCGAUGCUGCUCUAAGUUUCAUAAACAGUACUCUACUUGGUCGUGUAGGGCAGUUGUGUUUAGAGGAUUUAUUAGACAUUCAUCGUCGUGUCCUCGGAUAUGUUGAUCCUACGGAAGCAGGGAGAAUCCGAAAAACUCAGGUGUUUGUAGGAGAUUUUCAACCCCCUUCACCCCAAGAUGUGCCAAUGUUAAUGAACCAAUUUGUAGAUUGGUUGAAUUCAGAGGAUUCAUUAGAGCUCCAUCCAAUAGAAUUUGCUGCUCUUGCACAUUACAAACUUGUAAUAAUUCACCCAUUUUAUGAUGGCAAUGGGAGGACUUCAAGGUUGUUGAUGAAUCUGAUUCUGAUGCAGGCAGGAUUUCCACCUGUGACAGUGAAGGUGGAGGACCGUCUGACAUAUUAUGAGACAAUUCAGAUGGGGAACGAGGGUGAUAUUCAUCCUUUUAUUCGUUUUAUGGCUGAAAGUACUGAGAGAACUUUGGAUGAGUUUAUAUUAUCUGCAAUAGAGAAUCCUGUAUAUCAUUCUCAUCAAAUAAAUCAGACCAGCAAUAAAGGACGUGUUAUCGACAUGGAUGAAGAUGAUGACGAAGAUGAUGACUAUGAUGAUGAUGAAGAUAAUGGAAGUGAUGGGCAGGACAUGGAGGAGGAAAGUGAUGAUUGAAAGGAAGAUCACCAAGAUAUUUAUUACAUUAUGAUCAGAUGAUGAUUAUUAAUAUUGUUUGGAAGAUGCUAUAUUAGAAUCAAUAGAUAUAAAGAAUCUGCACCAAAAGUGAUACUUGUGUAUAACAGGAGAAUAGUGAAAAUAGAGUGAUUGUUUUAAGUUUUGAUGUAAUUAUUGUGAUUAUGGUUCAAUUCAUCAAAAUAAUUUUAGUUACCUGUUUCUUUCAAAUAUAUUAACAUGAUAUUAUGAGUCAACAUCAGGGAUGUGAGAUAUUUGGGAUUUCACUAGGUGUUAUACAAAUCAUUCAUAUAAUUUGCACAUUGCUGCAAAUUUGAGUGACCAUAGUCAGGUUAACCUUUUUCAUGACGAUGACUGGAAUAUUUUCAGUUUAUUAAAUAUAUUUACUCUAAUGUUAGCUUGUUCUGUAUGAUCAUACUUUAGCAUUUUAGUGAUCGGGUUAAAGCUUGAAGGGGUAUUUGUCAAAAUCCUAAUAUUAAAAUCAAAAGACAAAGAGGUCCUUGUGUUCAAUUCCUGUACUGUAGAAGAUUAAGUAUCUGAAGACUGAGUGUAUGCCAUCAUAUUGUAUCACUGAGUUGAAGACUUGGUAUAUUUGUCUGAAAGUACCAUGUUGAAAAUUAACUUGGCACAAUUCUAUAGAGGUCAACACAGAUUAACAUGAAUUGACUUAUCAGUCAUCUCACAUACAGACGUGAUGCUCUUCUCUCAUUUGUCUCUCAUCAAAAAAACUUAUGCUUAUAUUAAAAAUAUAAGGUUUGGCAUACUUAUCUGAUCAAAAUGGUACCAUGGUUGUCACAAACUAAAAUAUUUAGUGUACCUUAUCAUCAGUCUUCUGCCUGUUUUGUUCAGUAGUUUGGAAACAUGAUAGUCUCCACACUAGUUUUAACAAUAUUGGGUAAAUGUUUUGUUGAAAACUUAGCAUGAUACAUUUUGUUGUUUUUGUGAUAUAUAUCUGAAGUAAUGAUGUUGACACUAUUUAUGUAUUUAUUUGUCUUCAACAAGUGCUUUUGUACAUGUGUGUUUCAUGUCCACCACUGAGCUGUGGAAAGGUUAGGAUCAUGAUGAAUAUGUGGUGGAGCUUUGUAAAGUUGAUGUGAUGCACGCAUGUCUUCAGUAAAAUAAGCAAUGCCUGGCCCAGUCCGGGGAAAAGUGAGUCCUUUUGAACGAGGGCUUCCUGUAAUAGGCAUACUGAUGAAAACCAAAUGUGUACACUAGGGCUGAUGUGAUUCACUUAUUUAUUUGGUGAAUUAGUUUGUAUCCCUGAUUUCGAUUCUUUAUUCGCAAAUUGAAUAUUCCUGAACAUUUCCAGAGUUGUUUACUUGAGUUUGCAAAAGGGAAUGUAUCCAAGCCAGGUCAGAUAAUAUACUAUUAUUAGUCAACAGUCAAUCUGUCAGUCUGUCUGUCAGUAAUGUGAUCAGUGUUCAUUGUUAAAAACUCACACUAUCAACAUAGUCAAAACAUUUCAAAUAAUUAUUUUGUCAUUGUUUCACUCUCUAUAUUUGCAAAUACAUCACCAGCUUUUUUGUUAUUGUAUUCAUUGCCCAAUAUUCAUACUUGUUUUCCAAUAUUCAUGAUAUGAAUCAUAUUCACCUCAUAGUGGAAUCAUUGCAGCCCUGGUGAACACACUUGAAUUAGAAAUACCCACUCACAUGGCAAACAUGACACGAUCCUCAUUUGGAAAUGAUAGUGAGUGAGUUUAGUUUUGUCGGCUUUUAGCAAUAUUCCAGCAAUAUCACUGUGGGGGACACCAGAAAUGGGCUUCACACAUGUGGGGAAUCGAACCCAGGUCUUCAGCGUGACUGGUGAACGUUGUAACCACUAGGCCACCCCGCCACCCUAGAAAUGAUAGGAACCUGGUAUAUUUAUAACACAACACAGUAAGUCACACAGACUGCAACAAAUCGAGGUUCAUGCUCGUGUCUGCCCCAGAACUUGCUGGCUGUCAAUAAGCUUCUAGAAGAAUUAAA